UAAUAAAUAUAGUAAAAGAGAUAAAUUUUUUUAUAUAAAUAUUAUAAAUGAUAUGAUGUAAUAUAUAUAUAAAAAAAAUGAAGUACGUGUUAAACUAGAAAAACAGAAGAGGUCAUCAAAUAUUAUUUUGUAUAUGAUCACUCCUCAUAGGUUUCGCGCCUUUUUUGUUUUUCAUUUGGAGCGUUGAAGAAAAUGGGAGAGAACGAAGAUGCGAGAAGGAGCGAUGAAUCGCUGAAGCUUGCGGUAGCGAUAUCGCUUCUAAGAUCAAAGGUUAUGAAGCACGCAAAGGAAUCCAGUGCGCUAUCUCCUUCGCAAUCUGACGCUCUUCUCCGAUGGAAGCGAAAGGCUAAGGAAAGAAAACAAGAGAUCUUGAGGCUCAGAGAAGACCUCAAGGACUCUCAAGAUGCUCCGCACUACGAUCUCUUCCCAGAGAGUGCGGCUUGCAAGUGUUAUUUCUUCGACAAUUUCGGAGAAUUAAGCGCUAAGCAUCAUGGAACUGCCUCUGAGAGCAGAUUCAACGAUGUCCUUCGACGCAGAUUUCUAAGACAAGUGCGAUUUAAGGAAAGGAGGAGAAGAGUAGGUUCUUCUUCUUCAAGUCAGCAACGGCUUUCUUUAGGUUUAAUUGAGGAGGAUGAAACAGAGCAGCUUAGGGCCUCUGUUGAUUUUCUUGUGGAGCUCUGUGGCUCUGUAUCACCUGUGGAUGAUUCCAAGUUUGCAAAUCUGGCGCAUCAAGCUGUAGACUUUAUAUUGGUUACAUUGAAGAAUCUUUUAUCUAUGGGAAGGAACCUGGAACUUGUUGAAGGAAUUAUCAACAGCCUUGUUACACGUUUGAUUAGGCAGAUGUGUUCACCCUUGUCAGAAAAUGGGUCUCAACACACUGGCACCAAUGCUCAAUUUUGUAUUCAGCAUUUGAUCCGUAAACUUGGAAGUGAGCCUUAUAUUGGUCAGCGGGCAAUACUUUCAGUUUGUCAAAGAAUUUUGGUGCUAUCAGAACGUUUACUUUUCUCUGAUCCUUUUGAUGAUGGCUUUCCUGACAUGCAUGAAUGUAUGUUCAUAAUGAUCCAGCUUAUAGAGUUCUUGGUGGUGGAUUACUUAUUAGAGUGGUCAAAAGCUGAAGAUUUUGACAACAUGCUUCUUGAAGAUUGGGUAACAUCAAUUAUGCAGGCAAGAAAGGCAUUGGAACUUCUGGAAAGCAGAAAUGGACUAUAUGCGCUGUAUAUGGACCGAGUCACGGGUGAAUUGGCAAAACAACUUGGCGGUGUCUCAUCGUUUCUGAAGCUUAAACCGGAUAUUAUUAAUUGCCUCUUUCGCUAAACAUGAUUGGCAUUUAGCCCGUUCGAUGAAACACUAAUGGUUAGUGCUUGUUUGAAUUAUAAUUUGCACAUAUCA